UCCGGUAUGCCGGUGCGCUGAUACAGGCAGCCGCUGGUAUUUCCGUUUCUCGCUGCCUUAACCGACAGAUAGGUAAGAUGUACAUAUUUCACAACGUUGCGACGUUGAUUUUUUCCCCCUUUUUUAUUUGUACAGUCACGUACGCAUUUUUGUAUAUGUUAGAUUAGUGUAGAUAUUCUUAUGUGUUAUAAUUCAGUCUUCUAUGUACUGUCUUUGAUUCAGCAUAUCAUGUAGUAGUUAGCAGUGUACGUACGCAUCUCAUUUGUUCUUUUUUCAUACCUAUGGAGUCAGAUAUUUUUGGUUUUUGUAAUGUGAUUUUUUGUAUUUUGAGUUUUCGAGUAAAUGGUAGAAAAUUGUAGCUUUUCGUUUUCGUUUUUCUUCGUCUACCUUUACACAGUUCAAGUGGGAUAUCUGAUUAGAUACAGUCUAAUCCACGUAUAGGUAUGAUGCAAAUUGAAAGAAGUUAAUUUUAUUAAAAGUCUGCACCCUUAAUGCAAGUACACUUUUUUCCACUCAUGACUGAGGUGGGUACAAACAAAUUAACUUUUCUGAGUCAACAUCGGUCGGAUAAAACGCGAUACCAGUCAUCUAAAAAUAUCAUUAUACUUCCCACCCUGAAUAAAAUUCUUAUUUUCUAGACGAUACACCUGAUAUUAGGUAGGUACCUUAUACCCACUUGAUGUACCCAAUUGCGUCAGUAAUAAUUUUCCAGCAACGUAAUUUUUUUUUAAGGCCUUAUGAUUCAUCAACUCCACGCUAAAAUUUAUUGCUAGUGGCAGGUGAAUCAAGUGACAAGUGAGUCAUUGCAGCAUCGGAUUUUUUUCUCAAUUAUUUCGUCGCUUGAAAUGUUUAAACAGCUGUAGAAUUCACGUAAAAAAGACAUGAAAUAUGAGAAAAAUCGAAACAGGUGGCAAGGGAAAAACAGGCUGCGGUUGGUUUCAUAUCUUACUUCAAAAUACGAGUUCUCGAAUCAUCGUGCAGUCAUUCUACAAAAUUUUGAUUGAAGAUACAAACAUUGAAACUAGUUUAAAACUAUCGGAAUCAAAGUGACUGGAAAUCUAUGUACUUGUACUGUUGUGAAAAGACUUAAAAAUAUCAUAACUAGGCCACGUAGAUACGAUGGAAUCGAAAACAAUCGUACUUCUUCUAACCUUUUUCACAAUCUCUGCGGUAGUCGACGGUGGUAUGGAAGAAGUAGGCACGAAUUCCCCGGCAGAUUCCAACAGCUUGACCCACAACACAGAACAAGUGGACUCAAAUUUCUCAGUAGAUGCGAACGCUUUCUAUCAAAACACGAACAUUAAGGAACCAGUUUACGUGGUCAAAACUGAAAAAGGAUACAAUUUCGUUGACCAAAUGCUUUACAAAUUGGUAAUGAAACAGCAAAAAUUCGACAAUGUGUCCGAAAGGGAUGCAAUUCUAGCAGCUUGUCCAAAACCAGAUACUAGUGAUGGUGUGCUUGAAAUAGUUGACGUAAAUGAGCAGCAGCUAGCUGAAGGCUACCAUUGCAACGAACCGGUUAAAUUCUUCGUUAAACAGCAAUUCGAUUAUGACCAUUAUUUAAUUGGAUUCAUGGUUCAUGAUAAAAAUGGCAUUGACAACUUUGAAAAUAUUCCUUUACUUCCUAAGCUGCCAAAGGAUUAUUUUCCAUUACCUUUGAUAGAAAUAGAGUCCAAAUUUAAAGACGGUAUUCGAAGUUUGAUCGUAAAACACACUAUAAAAUUUGGGGAUAUGUUGCCAGCACAUCCAUAUCAACAAUUUGAUCAGAAUUCCAAAUCAAAGCCACGAGUUUAUUACCGAGAUAUGAAACUUUACCCUUUCUACAUGGAUGAAGCCUACACAGCGGAUAACCAAGCUGCAUACAUGGCAAGAGUUGGAAUUCCAUCGGGAUCAUCACAUAGACUUGCCAGAAUGCAACUGGUUCCAGAAGCAGAUUUAUUUUUUGAAGUCUGGAAGCAAGCAGCGUGGAUUGAUAGCAACACAAUACCGGUGUGGGAUAAUCUGAUUCCAGAGUGGAACGAGCUGGAGGAAUUUGUGAGACGAGUAGCUAAAGUUGUGGGCGACCUCAACAUUAUCACAGUAGGCACGUAUCCUGGCUCUAGCUUUGAUGUGAAUCCUAACACUCUCUCCGCGUAUCAACUAUACUUCAAUUUACCAGUGUUUCAUUUCAUCUUUAAAGCCAUUUCAUUCGAUCAACUUCGUCAAAAUGGCGAUUGGGUCCGUCAAGGAAUAAUAUUCAUGAUGGUUAACCAUCCAGAUAUGAUGAUGAUUGGUAACCCAGAUCAACACGCUGAAAGCAAUGGAUGGGUAUAUAGAAAAAAUAACCCAACAAUACGACGCACAACGGCGUUAUCAAUGGGUCCAGCAGAAUUCAAAGUGAUGCAGUUGAAAAAUGAGAACAGUUACGAGACUUUUAAUCUUCGAAAAGUUAGGAAAUUCAUCAUAAAUGGAAACGGUGUCGAGGAGGAGAUCGAAAUCAAUGCAUUCGACGAAAUAAUGAACUCGAUGAAGAACAUGGAAACACCAGAAAAAAAUGUCGAUGGCAUGGUGAUUUCGUAAAAGAGUUUUCUUUUCUUGUUAGAGCAACCAAUAAGUGAAAAAUAAUUGGAUCUGAUCAGGUCAGAGAAUUUUCUGGAUCUGAUUUGAGCUGAUCAGACUUAAUAAGGGGUGACUUGAUUGGCCAAUUUGAUCUCUGACCAGAUUGAAUAAGGUCAGAGUUAUGAUAAGAUCAAAUCAGAUCAGAUCAGACCAGAUCAGAUCCGAUCAUUUUUCUCUGAGCAUUCAAAUCAGAUUAUUGUUCUUAUCCAUACAGUUGAUUGUACAUAAUUCAAUAAUAAAUCGAUACACGUGUAAAUUUCUCUAAAUACCUAAAAUAAUAAAGAUA